AUGGCGGCGGCGCGGGGCCGGGUGCUGUGUCUCUUCGACGUGGACGGGACCCUGACGCCGGCCCGGCAGAAAAUCGAGCCGGAGGUGGACGCGUUCCUGCGGGAGCUGCGGGAGAGGGUGCACAUCGGCGUGGUGGGAGGCUCCGACUAUGCCAAGAUAGCCGAGCAGCUAGGGGAAGGGGACGAAGUCAUUGAUAAGUUUGACUACGUCUUCGCAGAGAACGGCACAGUGCAAUAUAAGAAUGGGCAGCUGGUCUCCAAGCAGGCCAUUCAGGACCACUUGGGGGAGGAGCUGCUGCAGGAUCUGAUCAACUUCUGCCUCAACUACAUGGCGCUGCUGAAGCUGCCCAAGAAACGAGGGACCUUCAUUGAGUUUCGCAAUGGAAUGUUGAACAUCUCUCCCAUUGGUCGGAGCUGCACCCCGGAGGAGCGAAUCGAGUUCUCCGAGCUGGACAAGAAAGAGCGGAUACGGGAGAAGUUUGUGGCAGCCUUGCAGAGGGAAUUUGCUGGCAAAGGCCUGCGUUUCUCUCGAGGUGGCAUGAUCAGCUUUGAUGUCUUCCCGGAAGGCUGGGACAAGCGCUACUGCCUCAAUGUGCUCGACGACGAGAGAUUUGACACCAUCCACUUCUUUGGGAACGAGACAACCCCUGGAGGGAACGAUUAUGAAAUCUAUGAUGAUCCCCGCACUGUAGGACACAGUGUCCAGUCCCCCCAGGACACAGUCCAGCGAUGCCGCGAAAUCUUCUUUCCAGAAAGAGCAAACGAGUGCUGACUGCCCAGUCCCUGCAGCCCUACCCCGGUCCCACCCUCUCCCCCCACCAGGAAAAGCACCUUCAUUUGAGGAAUCUGCUCAGGGUAGACCAAAACAACACUCGACAGAGCUGGUCAGGAUGUCACACGUGAGUGUGGGUGGGUGGCAGGAGGGGGCCUUGGCUGAGCACUCCCCGUGUGUGGGGUCACGGCACCAGACCCUCCUCGCCUCCAGAGAAACUUCUCUCGACAGCUCAGCUGUGGUGGUUAGUGAUGCAGAUGCUUUUGUGGUCGGAAAGCAUUUGAAAGGGCCAAAGAGUGAGUGUGCAUCCGUCCUGCACUCCGUCUCCUCUCCUUUUCCACUCGGUUUCUCUUAACACUUGUGCAUGAGGGAACGUGUGGCUCACCUUUCUCUCCCCCUUGCACCUUGGCCAGAGAGGCUGGGACUGCUGAGGCUCGAGGCAUUCACCAGAGCUGCUCCUUUGCAGGAGGCCGGAAAGACUGUUUGCUUCAAGCCUAUGGUAGGGGGAGCAGCUGAGAUCCCAGCUUGUUGCACCAUUGUGCUUUCUAAUGGAGAGGUCACUAUGUCCUUCCCCUCACUGCCACAGUGUGCCAGUCCCUCCCUGCAGAUGACCUGGGAACGAUA